AUGGAUCAUUUAUAGAGUUCUUUUGAUUAAACUGAAUAGUCUAUCUAUAAAAACAUUUAUCAGUAAGAGUAGAAUAGGAAAACAAAUGUAAAAAUGCUCACAACUUUUGAAACUGAAUGUCCAAGUAUUAAAAAUCACUCUGCUAUUUAUUACAAAGAAAGAAUAUACAUUUUUGGAGGUUAUAAUGGAUAGAAAAAUUUAAAUAAAUUGCAUAUCUUAAAUCUUCGCACAAAUGUUUGGGAAUAACCAAGAUUUGCAAAUGACUCUAAUGAAUUGCCAUAAGGAAGAAAUGGGCACACAUCAGUAGUAGUUAACAAUAAAAUGUAUGUCAUAGGUGGUUGGAUAGGACAGGGAUAACAUGCAAGUAAUCAGCUUUAUAUUCUAGAUUUAGAUCUUUUAAAAUGGACAAAAAUGGAAACUUCAGGAUAAGAGCCAGGUCCUUGCAAUAUGCACACUGCAGAGCACUGGGAAAAUAAAAUCUUUGUCUAUAGAGGAGGCGAUGGAAAAUAGUAUUUUAGUGAUUUGCAUUCGUUAGAUAUUAUUACUUUUAAGUGGGAAAAAGUUGAAGCUAAAGGUAAUGCUCCUCCUCCUCGAGCUAAUCAUGCAUCAUGUUUGAUAGGGGAUUUUAUUUACAUUUUUGGAGGGUGGGAUGGAUAAAAAAGAUUAAAUGAUCUUUACAAAAUGAAUUUAAGAAAGCUUGAGUGGACUUAGAUUGAAAGGAGUGAAUGGAUAUAGGCUCCACCAGCAAGAGCAGGUAUGAAAAUGAUAAGUGUUGAAGAAAUUAUUUAUAUGUUUGGUGGUAGUGGACCUAGUUCAACAUGUUUUAAUGAUUUAUGGCUUUUUGAUCCUAAGUGCAAUCAAUGGCAACAGUGUAGAGUUACUCUUAAUGAAAGUGAUGAUUCCCAUAACUCAUUUGAAGGAAAUGACUAAUCUGGAGACAGCAUAAAUAACAAAUAGUUUUUAUAAAAUAUUUAGAAAAGCAACUAAAAUGGUUUAAUGUCUUCAAAUUUGAAUGUCAACAAUUUAGAAUUAAUAAAAAAUAAAAACAAUUUAAUGAAUAACAACGGUAAUGGAUAAACUAUUGAGAGUUAUUUAAAUCCUAGGAGUGGACAUUCGAUGACUCUUUAUAAAAAUUUGCUCUACAUUAUUGGUGGCAGUUGGGGUCCCAAUUAUUACAAAAAUUAUAUAGCUUUAGAUAUUGAUCCAAAGCCAGAACUCACAAUUAAGUAUGAUGAUUAAAAUACAAGCAGUGGAUGUGGUUUCUUUUAAAAUCUUAAACAAUUCUACAAUAAUCCACAAUUUUCAGAUGUCUAAUUUUCAUUCCAAGGAGAAAUAUUAUAUGCUCAUAAAGUAAUAUUGAGCUUGAUGGGUGAGAGUUUCAAUACUAUGUUUACUCUAGGGAUGAAAGAAACCCAUAAAAAUGUGAUCGAAAUAAAAAAUAUAGAAAUGCAAAUAUUUAAAAUAAUAGUGAAGUCUUUAUAUUAUAAUAAUUUAGAGCUUGAAGAACAGCAAAACGGAGACUUAUCCUUGCUCUUUGAAGUAUUGAGGGUUUGUGAUUAAUUUUUAAUAGAAAAAAUGAUAAUAAUAGUUUAACAAAAGAUAAAGGAGCUUAUAACUAAUGAAAAUAUUGAAGAAGUACUACAGAUGUCUCUAUAAUAUAACGCUUCCUACCUAAUAAAAUAUUGUCUCUGGUUGCAAAGAAGAAAUAAAUAUUAAGAGAGUCUGUAACAAAUUGAUAACCAAACUAUAUGA